AUGUCCGCCUUCCUCUCUGGUGCUGGCGCGGAUUGUGGGCCCACCUCCGUCCUCAAACAUGUCUCCCAGAGGGUCGACGUCGACCGCUCACUGCACCAGGACCGGUUCGCAGCUGGCCCCAGUAGUGCUCCCUCCAAGCCCUUUGGAGGCUAUACGCCAUCUACCGCAGGUGCGGAACAGCUUGGUGGCCCAUCGCGCCCAUCACCGUUCGACCUCUCUUCUCUUCGACAACACCUCUCGCCGCCUGUCCCAAACAGCCAAGCUUUCCAAAGCCAACCCUCUAAUUGGGCGAUGGACUUUGUGCCCAAGCAACAAACAGGUCCGUCGCCACAGCGCGUACAGAGUCCCCCGGCAAGCUCUCCGUGGCAGACUGAAUUUUCAUCUUCCCCUUCCCUCUAUCAGAGACAAGGUCACACACCGCCUUCUAUCGAUGCAGGUCCUGCACCCUGGGAAAUACCCCCUCAUCAGUAUCGCCCAAUCGCUGCGACACAUGGGCAUGUCCUCCCACGUCAUUUCAGUCCCGGAGAAGCUCCACAUGAGCAAUUCUCUCCCGCCAACCCGUAUCAGCCACCAAUAGAAGGGCACGCGGCCCAAUCUUCUGUCUCGCAAGAACAAACAGCAUACCGAGAUCCGCUCAAUAAAGAGCAAGGUCUCUUGGCUGCGACAGCCCGCAACUUUGUCAACUCUUCCUCUUCGACAAUGUUUCAAAACCCAAAGUUGGCGCAAAGCAACUUUAUGGCACUGGUCCGCAGCAUCGCCGACGAGUCGACCGUCGUGAAAGAAGAUGAAAUCUCGAGCCAGACGCUAAGGGGAGACAUGGUAGGGGAAGGCGCAAAGUUUGUCCAGCGGGGUGAAAAUGGUUGGGCGUCGAGUUUUGUGCAGGACAAGGGCAAAGCGAGGGAAGCCUCUAUAGAGGAUGAUGCCCAAAGACGUUCACCUUACCCAGAGGGCGACAAGUCGUACCCCGCACUUGGGUCUUGGCUCCCAGCGCUCCCGGGGCAUGCUGCCGCACCCCCGGCUUUUGCAAAUGUCGGGGCUCAAGCUAGUCAUUUAAGCAACAAACAAGACGGUGCAUGGGAACAGCAAUUCCGAGAUCAAGAAGCCCUACUCCAAUCCACCGAAACCCGCCGCAAAAGCGUACAUUUCGACUCUGAAGCCAGCCCAGCCCCAGAAUCCAGCGGUGUACCAAACACCCUCGAGGAAGCCCUAGCCUCUAGAGUGGGCAACAUCCCCGGGUCGGGCUGGGGGUGGCACGAGUCGGGGCUCACUACGCCAGAGGAAUUUGAUGAAGAGACCUUUAAUCAUUUUGCUGGGGCUUUACGUUGGCAAAAGGAGGCUGCACCGGGGCAAUCGAUAAGCGAGCAAGAGAGUUGGGAUAGCUUGGCAGACGAGUGGGACGGCCUCGUUGAGGAGGAGAAUGUGAGAGAGAAGGUGGUGCAAGGUAUGGGCGUUGGCGAUAGGGAGGAGAGAUAUCUCUUUAUGAGAAAGAAUCCCUAUGCCGAAGGCGUACUCGAGGAGCAUGACUAUGGAAUGGACGCCGAACAAGCCCGAGAUUCACCUACAAUCAAGAAUAUACUGGAACUGGAAGCCGCCGUUCAAGCCAACCCAACCUCUGCCAACGCAUGGUUCGCUCUGGGCCUCAAACAACAAGAAAACGAGCACGAAGCACAAGCUAUACUCGCCCUUUCCAAGACGAUCCAGCUCGACCCUUCUCUCCGAGACGCGUACCUCGCUUUGGCUGUGAGCUAUACGAACGAGAGCGAAAGUGAAGCUGGGUGUACGAUGCUGGAGAGAUGGGUGGCGAUGGGGGAGGAGGCGAUGGGAUUGGCGGCAAAACCAGCCAGUGGGGGUCGGGGAGUUCUGAUCGAGCGGUUGAUCGAUAUGGCGAGGAGCAGUCCGGAAGAAGUUGAUCCGGAUGUCCAAGUCGCGCUGGGUGUAAUGUUCAACAUGGUGGGAGGGGAAGAUUACCUCAAGGCUGAGGACUGUUUCCUGGCUGCACUGGCGGCCCGUCCAAAUGACUGGCUACUAUAUAACAGACUGGGAGCAACUCUGGCAAACAGCGGGAGGUCCAACGAAGCUAUCAGCUACUAUCACAAAGCUCUACUCCUCCACCCCAGCUUUGUUCGGGCUCUGUUCAAUCUCGGUAUAGCAUACCUGAACUUGGGCCAAUACAAACCCGCCGCCCAAUCAAUAGUGGACGCUCUGAGGUUGCAGCACGCCGACGCGAGCGAGGGGUAUAGUUUUGCGCAGAGGGAAGGGGGUAUGGGCGGUGGGAGCAAGGGCGUGGGGAGUGAUGCUUUGUGGAUCAAUCUGAAGGGAGCCUGUAUACAUAUGAAUCGACAUGAUCUGAUAGAGAUCAUAGAACGCAAAGAUCUGGCUGCUUUGCCCAUGGAUUUUGUAGAUCAAAAAUAGGAUGUUGUACAUAUUGUAUCCUUUACUAUGCAUGCGCUUUGAGCGUCGCUACUACUUUACAACAUGAGACAACCGGCCCUCCAUACCACAGUGCACGCCAUCUAGAAGUCAUAGACAUCCUGGCCCUGUUCCCUGGCCUGGCCUCCGACCACCACAUUUCCUUCUCUCCCAAAGCCAUCGCCAUACGGGUCGUAUGCCUGCCCGCCAGGGCCAGCAGCGCCCCCAGCCACGGGAGCCUGCUCUGGACCCAUACCCAUCUCGAUAUUCUUCGCCUGCUGCUGGAACUGCGUCUUGACCUGCAUAGUUUGGCGGAUGAGCAGGUGGCAGGCGCGUUUCAGAGCAUCGGCGGGAUUGGAGCGCUCGUCGGUUUGGAUUUUAAGGGUAAUGUCGUUCUCGAGGGGAUGAG